AUGGUAACAGGCAAAUGGAAGGCCAGCCUCGAGCACGAAAUGUUCAGCCUUCCGAUUGAUUGCUGGGGCUGGUUAGCCCAAAAGCGAGCUACAAGGCUGCACGUUCUUCAUCUAGUCAUUAACAAGGACACAACGGAUGGCAAAGUUCUGAUGGCCGCCAUCAAUAAUGGCGUCGAAUAUGCUAUUAUGGCCAAAGGUGAAGGCGCCGCCGAGGACGUACUCGCCUCGACCCGUGCGCAGUACAGCCGCGCCAUUAUCGCAAUUGUCUUCCCCGGCUUGCACGUUUCCUACCCAGACUUUCUAGCCGAUUCGUUCAGAGACUUCUGGGGUCGGAAAUCCCGACUCUCGUUCUCAGACGAUGAGUCCCACGCCCUGGCUGUGCUGGCUGCCGCGCACGAGGGCGAUGUCCCUACUCUCGACGCGCUUCUUUCGCAGCGCCGCCUAAACCCAUAUCCGGUCAUUGCCUACGCCGUUUUAGGGCCGCUCGCUCUAGCGAUACGCAGUGGGAACAUCAACGCCGUCAAGUUCCUCCUCGCCAGAUUGGAUUCCCACGGCGACGUCGACCGCCCGGACGUACCGAACUUUGAAGGCGACUUUGCAAUCCACCGAGCGGUGCGGGUUGGGAAUUCAGAAGGCCCGCCUGAGUACAUGGGUAUGACACCGCUCGACGUCGCGGCGUCGGCGGGUCAGCUUGCCGUUGUGAAAUACCUCCUAUCGCGGCCAGAUACUCACAGAACGGGCGGUGAGAUACGCACAGGCUACAGCACGAUGUACUACGCAGUGGAAAGCCAAGAACUGGAGGUGAUCGAAUUUAUUUUGGCACAGCCGGAGACUGUAAUAACAGCAGCCAAACCAAUGAAAAGCCCGCUCUAUCAAGCGACACGCCUCGACAGGCUGGACAUUGUUAAGCUUCUCGACGAGAAAGGCAAAGCGACGAAAGGCAUCUUGCUCGCAAAGCCCCAGGGUGUUGAUAGAGAGCUUCCCUCUGUUCUCAUAACGGCCCUUAUGGACGGGCAAGACGAGAUGUUCAUGCGGCUGGUUGGCAGGGAUGAGUUUAGUCCGGCCGAUCGAAGAAAAGCAGCAAUCAGUGCUGUGGGAAUGAGAAAGCUUGAUAAGCUGCAGGUAUUGCUUGAUGUGGGUAAUCUGGAUCUGGGGUCGGCGCCUGGGUUUAGGCGCGAUGUGGUGAAUGCUACCAGGGGCCGUCUUAAUAUGAUUGAGGUUUUAAAGAGGAAGGGGGUUGUUGAUGACAAUGAUGAAUUGUCAGAAUGA